CGGGGAAUCAACACCUUCUCCCCAGAAGGCCGCCUGUUCCAGGUCGAAUACUCCCUCGAGGCCAUCAAGCUCGGCUCGACCGCCAUCGGCGUGGCCACCUCGGAGGGCGUCAUCCUCGGCGUCGAGAAGCGGGUGACGUCCACCCUCCUCGAGACCUCCUCCGUCGAGAAGAUUGUCGAGAUCGACCGCCACAUCGGCUGCGCCAUGUCGGGCCUGCAGGCCGACGCCCGCUCCAUGGUCGAGCACGCCCGCGUCGAGUGCCAGAGCCACACCUUCAACUACAACGAGCCCCUCCGCGUGGAGAGCACCACCCAGGCCAUCUGCGACCUCGCCCUACGCUUCGGCGAGGGCGCCGACGGCGAGGAGACCAUCAUGAGCCGGCCCUUUGGCGUCGCGCUCCUCAUCGCCGGCUUCGACGAGGACGGCCCCCAGCUGUUCCACGCCGAGCCCAGCGGUACCUUUUACCAGUACGAUGCCAAGGCUAUUGGAUCGGGUUCCGAGGGUGCCCAGGCGGAGCUGCAGAACGAAUAUCACAAGUCUUUAACCCUGGAGGAUGCGGAGACCUUGGUCCUGAAGACCUUGAAGCAAGUCAUGGAGGAGAAGCUGGACCACAAAAACGUGCAGCUGGCCAGCGUAACUAAAGAGAAGGGCUUCAGAAUAUACACCGAUGAGGAGAUGGUGGAAGUCGUGGGACGUCUACCCGCCAAU